AUGGCCGGCUCUUACGAUCGCGCAUUGACCGUCUUCUCGCCCGACGGUCACCUCUUCCAGGUCGAUUACGCUCUCGAGGCUGUCCGCAAGGGAAGCUGUGCCGUCGGUGUUCGUGGCGCUGACGUUGUUGUUCUGGGAGUUGAGAAAAAGUCUGUCUUGAAGCUCCAGGAUGAGCGCACAGUCAAGAAGAUUUGCAUGUUGGACGAGCACGUCUGCUUGGCGUUCGCUGGUCUGUCUGCCGACGCGCGUGUGUUGAUCAACAAAGCAAGGAUAGAAUGCCAGAGUCACAGACUCACAGUGGAGGACUCCGUCUCGAUUGAAUACAUUACGCGCUACAUUGCAGGAGUACAGCAGAGUGGAGGAGUUCGUCCCUUUGGAAUCUCGACAUUGAUCAUGGGAUUUGAUUCGGACAAGGUCCCCAAGUUAUACCAGACCGACCCCUCCGGCGUUUACUCUGCAUGGAAGGCCAACUCGAUCGGUCGCUCCUCAAAAACCGUUCGUGAGUUUUUGGAGAAGAACUACAAGGAGGAUAUGGACAAGGCUGAAAGUAUCAAGCUUGCCAUCAGAUCUUUGCUCGAGGUUGUUCAAACCGGUGCCAAGAACAUUGAGAUUGCCAUCAUGGGGUCCGACAGCGUCAUCCAGCGCUUGGAGUUGGCUGAGAUUGAGGCUGUUGUAGCAGAGAUUGAGGCAGAGAACGAGAAGGAGAAGGAGAAGAGCAAGUCUUCCAACUCUCAGCAGUAA